AUGCGUCGUUCCUCUAUUCUUUUCGUACUCAUUGCCAUCGCCACUUUGAGGGCUGAGGCUAGCUACUAUCACCACAAUCUUCACGGACACCGUUUGACCGGACACGUCCACCACGUUUCAGCAGUAGCUCCUCUUCACUACGUUCACCACCCUCUUCUUCAUUUCCACCAUGGUCACGGUGGUUUGAUUCCAUUCAAGCGGAAGCAGAAAGGUGGAAUAGCGAAGAAAUGA